AUGGUUUCAUUCACCAAAAUUACUAUAUUAGCAAUUUCUUUAAUUUCAUCAGUUCAUUCAGUAUCAAUUGUUAAUAAUUAUAUUGAUAGAGCAAUUGCAGUAUUUCAUCAAACUGAAAAACAAUUGCCACAUUUUUUUCAUAUCAAUAAACAAGAGUCAGAAAAUUCAGAAGAAUCAUUAAUCAAUAAUCAAGGUAUAAAUACUAAACCAGUACCAGGUGGAUCACCAAUUGAAGUUUGUGAUAUUGCUUUACCACAAUUAUUAGAUUUAAAAGAAGUUAUUAUAUCACCAAAUCCUCCACAAACAGGUGCAAAUUUAACAUUUACAGCAAAAGGUAAUAUUGAUAAGACAAUAGUUGAUGGUGCAUAUGUUGAAGUUGAUGUAAGAUAUGGAUUCAUAAAAUUAAUUCAUCAAACUUAUGAUAUUUGUGAAGAAAUAACUAAAAUAGAUUUAGAAUGCCCAAUUGAAAAAGGUGAACAAAUUAUUAAAAAAAUUGUUGAAAUUCCAGAUGAAGUUCCACCUGGGAAAUAUAUUGUUAAUGCAAGAGCUUUUACAAAAGAUGAUGAAUUUAUUACUUGUUUAUCUGCAACAAUUGAAUUUCCAUAUAAAAAAUAA